AUGCUUCAAUCGCUACCGACGUUUGUUGCUGCUGUCGCCCUCCUUUCAUCCUCCAUAGUGUCCGCAGCACCAUGGAGAAACCUUCGUACUUCGAAUGCGAACCCAUGGGCAGACUGGGAAUAUGAGGCCUGUACUGCGAGCAAGACUCGCAUCCGUGUCGACUAUAACAGUAUGGCGCCAUGGGAACGCAAAUUGUAUACCGAUGCCGUCAAAUGUCUAAUGGCCCAACCUUCGCAGCUUGAUCCCUCGCAAUAUCCCGCUGCUACCAGUCGUUACAUGGACUAUGCUGUCAUCCAUGUUGGCAGAACGCAACAAGUACACCUUAGUGGAUUCUUCUCUACGUGGCAUCGCUACUUCCUUUGGCUCUACGAGACCGACCUUCGUCAUACUUGUGGCUACAGUGGUAGAUUCCCAUAUUGGGAUUUCGCUGCGACAGCUUCCAAUCCACACAAUUUCCCGAUCUUUGAUGGCUCUGAGUAUUCUAUGUCUGGAGAUGGUCUAUUUGUCGACACUGGACCAAUUCAACUUGGAGCUGAACUGGUCAUUCCACAUGGUUCCGGUGGUGGUUGCGUUACCAGUGGCCCAUUUGCCAAUAUGAUUGCUCCUCUCAAAUUCAUCGACCCCAAACAACUCCAAACGGGUGUUUUACCCGCUGACGCAUAUGCAUACAAUCCAGUUUGCCUCAUGCGCGACUUGAACGCCUAUGUCUCGCAGACCUACACUAAUAGCGCUCAACUAGUUGCUGCAGCGCAUGCAGACAAUGCCUCACACUUCGAGUACCUCCUGAACGGGGUUAUCGGCAGUAGCAGUCUGGGAAUUCAUUCAGGUGCACACUUCAGCAUUGGUGGCCAGAUGAAUAGCAUCCACGUCUCGGCCCAAGACCCCAUCUGGUAUCCGCUGCAUACUAUGAUUGAUAAGGUCUACACCAGCUGGCAACUCAAUUAUCCUGAUCGCGCCCAGCAAAUGAACGGUGAGACGGGUACAGCAUUGAACACUCCUCCAAGUGCUGUUGUCACUCUCGAGUCUGUGCUUCCGGAUUGGGGAUACUUCCAGCUUAAUCCGAUCCAGUUGAAAGAGCUGAUAAGCACAACGGGAGGUCCGUUCUGCUACCAGUAUGACAAUGUGAUUGCAUGA